UCCCGCCCCUAUUUAUUAUUAUUUGUAUUUUUGUUUGCGGCGCGGGUAAAAGCGCCGCGUCUUUUAUUAUUAUUUAAAAACCCCGUGAGGAUGCAUGGCUGAUCAGCUACUGAUUACUUAAAUAGCUGACAGUCAUGCAUCCUUACCAAACGCGUGCAGACUCUGGCCAGGAGCAGAGCAGCAGGAGCUGCCUCUGUCUCCACCACCACCAGGAGCAGGGCAGCAGGAGCUGCUUCUGUCUCCACCAUCACCAGGAGCAGAGCAGCAAGAGCUGCCUCUGCCUCCGCCACCUCCACCAGCAGAGGGUGAAUGCCUGCUGGUUCCACAUCCACCGUCGUGGGAGGACUGCUUGCCCCUCCCACCUCCACCAGCAGAGGGUGAAUGCCUGCUGGUUCCGCCUCCACCGUCGUGGGAGGACUGCUUGCCCCUCCCACCUCCACCAGCAGAGGGUGAAUGCCUGCUGGUUCUGCCUCAACCGUCGUGGGAGGACUGCUUGCCCCUCCCACCUCCACCAGCAGAGGAUGAAUACCUGCUGGUUCCGCCUCAGCCGCCGUGGGAGGACUGCUUGCCACUCCCAGCUCCACCAGCAGAGGGACACAGGGUACGAGGGAGAAGUGGAGCUCCCGCUGCCGCCUCCAUGGCCAGGGGCUCCCCUCCCGAGUUCGCCUUCCGAGGGUCCGCUGCGGCUGCCGUCGCCUUCCGAGGGUCCGCUGCUGCUGCCGUCGCCUUCCGAGGGUCCGCUGCUGCUGCCGUCGCCUUCCGAGGGUCCGCUGCUGCUGCCGUCGCCUUCCGAGGGUCCGCUGCUGCUGCCGUCGCCUUCCGAGGGUCCGCUGCUGCUGCCGUCGCCUGGGGUCGCCAGGGAUCCUGCUUCGCCUGGGGUCGUCGAGGGUCCGGCUUUGCCUGGGGUCGCCAGGGAUCCUGCUUCGCCUGGGGUCGCUACACGAUGGCCGGAGCUCCAUGAAAGGGAGCUGCCAGAAAUGAAGAAAGGGGGGGAGGUCAGGAGACCAGCUCCCCCAGCCGCACUUUCGCGGCUGGAGAUCAUGUGGUCGGAGCCCCACGGAGGGGAACUGCCGGCCAUGAAGAAGGGGGGAGAGGUCAGGAGACCAGCUCCCCCAGCCGCACUUUCGCGGCAGGAUAGAGUGUGGCGGGAGCCCCGGAAGAGGGAACUGCCGGCCACGAAGAAUGGGGGGGUGCCAGAGAUUCCACCAUGGCCACCCCCCAGAAGUAACUUGCUUCCCCCUCUUCCGGGACUUUAAGACUGAGGGGGGAGGUGGCCGUUGGGGCCAUGUGUGCUGCGCACAAGGGGGGGCAUGUGUGGCGGAGUGUCCCGCCCCUAUUUAUUAUUAUUUGUAUUUUUGUUUGCGGCGCGGGUAAAAGCGCCGCGUCUUUUAUUAUUAUUUAAAAACCCCGU